ACCCCACUAACCAGAGCAGUAACUUCCUUCAAACCCAACUCUCUCUUCUUCUUCUCCAACUUCCCUCCAUUUUAAUCAAGUUUUUUGAAAAACGAGAGCCAUUGAUUACAAUCAACGCAAUCAUGACCGUCGAUCAGCCGGAAUUCCGGCCCGGAAAGAGUGAUAAAGUCAGCCGGAGCAACCAGCAACCGGACUAUUUUCAGGAGCCACCACCAAAGCGUCCCCGGUCUGACCGCCCCCGCGGCGGCGGAAGUGGUGGUGGUGACGUCGACUUAAAGAAGGUUCCUCAAUCGACGGUGGACAGGAGAGUAAUUCGGUCUCAUUACGCCUUCUACAAAAACCUCAUUCAUGAGGAGAAAGAAGAAUUAUUCAUAGGUGAAUCUAAUAGGUUCGGCAAAAUCAUAAAUGAAGUUGACGAAUUGUUCGAAAAUGUGUCAAACACAAGGGAGCAAGUAGCAGAUGCUGAGACACUUCUAAGCAUGGCUGAUACCUUAGUGACCACUGCAAGAUCAUAUCUCAAAGACGGGCUUACCCCUUCCGACUUUUUAACUUCUUUGUUUCGCGAAUUUGGAGCUUCCAUUGGAAGGAAAGUUGGUAAUGACAGUGUUUCAAUACAAUGGUAUGCAAUUGGUGCUUUUGUUUGCCCCGUUUUCAAGAAUGCUAAAGGCUGCUCUACCAUGAAUGGACCGAUGGAUACUCAGUUGAAACCACGAAAGGUUGUUGUUCGUAAGAAGAGAACAAAGCUUACUGGACGUGCUGCUAAACCUAAACAGGUUGAGGACUCUGAUUCAGAGCACCAAAAAGACACAGAGAAGAACAUGAGAACCAUGUUUGACAUCCUGCGAGCAGAAAAGAGAAACAAAAAAAGUGUCAGACUCGAGAACUUGAUUCUUAACAGGACUUCAUUCGCGCAGACAGUUGAGAAUCUGUUUGCUUUGUCUUUCCUGGUAAAAGACGGGCGUGCUCAGAUAACUAUCAAUGAUCAGGGGACUCAUCUUGUUUCACCAAGGAAUGCUCCUCACCAGGAUUUGGUGAGUUCUGGUGAAGUUUUGAUUCACCAUUUUGUCUUCAGACCUGAUUUCAAGGACUGGAAGCUGAUGGUCGAUUCAGUUCCAUCUGGAGAUGAACUAAUGCCUCAUAGAUGUCAAGAGGGUGUUCCUCUAUCUCAAUCAAACACCGUCCCCAAUCUUUCACCAGUUGGAAUACCACCUUCAGCAACCACAGAAGUUCAGAGUAGCAGAAAAACCAUGACUUCAGAACUCUAGCAGCAACAUAGGAUUUCAGAUAGCAAUUAGCAACUAACAAGCAUAGUUUUGGAGGCAUAUUUUUGUGCAGUGGCCUAAACAACUAAUGUUAAUCUGUCUAGUAUUAGGUUUGUAGUACUCGUAGUUAAAUGGACUAACUCUGUGUAAGUACACCAUUUUACGUGUACAGGAAUGUUGGUUCUGUAAAAAUUGAUGAAUCUAGUUUCAGCAAGAUUAAGUGAUGAAGAUGUUGAGGAAAACUUUAGGUGUCCGAUUUUGUUAAUCAAAGAUGGUAAGCAACGUUUUCUUGUUGCUUCUUUUGAUCAAGUAAAAGGUAUUCCUUCAUUGUUAACAAAAA